AUGAUACCCCUAUUACUACUCUCCACUCUUGUUGGUGUUUUGACGGCUCAAGAUCAGAUAGCUGAUAAUACCCCCUCCCUUAUAUUGUUCACUGUUAACGACUGUGCUGAUUGUGACCAAGCGAAAGUAGCCUGGAAUCAGCUGGCCAAGUUGAAGCCAGAGGGGAUAAAACUUGUAGAGGUUAAUUGUGAUAUAGAGGACAAAAAGUGUCACGACCACCAAGUAACUAAAUUACCCAGUGUACUGUUCGUGUUGAGUAACGGUGUAAGGGAGUUCCAAGAAGAUUACAGCGUGGACACUCUGUUGGAAUUUGUGGAGAAUUCCAUCAAAGUUCUCCUCCUCGGAGAGAAUUUGCUGGAAACUGAAGAAACCCGAUUAAUCCAUCUGGAGGAGUCGGACAUGGACGUUUUGGGAAAAUCUCAUGCUCUAGUGUACUUCAUGUACGACGAAGAAAAAGAGCACGUAGAAGACUUCGUGUUGAGUCUCCGAGCCCACUUAUCAGAAGAGUUCAGUCUUCCGGUAUACAUCAUAGACUGUGAUAAACUGAGUCACAUCUGUGUGAAAGCUCCCUUCUCAGUGCAACUGCUGCCUUGUAUAAAGUUCCUAGGCGAGCAGAUAUUUACCUACACUGGGGACUUCCUGGUGGAGAGACUGGAGUAUUGGCUGCAGGUGUUCGUGUUUAAAACGAGGGAACCUGAGGUGGACAUCUCCGUGGAGACUAUAGAUGAGGACCAGGAGAUAGCCGUCUGAUCUACAUAACGUCGGAAAGUGAACAUGC